AGUUUAUAAUAAGUAGCAACACACUAAAAUAAUGUAUAUGAUUAGUGUAGCCAUUAGGCUAUAGCUGUAUAGACAUUUUUAUUUACAAAUUGCUUUCUCUACAGGUCCAGUGCUUGGUGUGUUCGGCUGAACUGAAGUAUCAUGGCAAUACUUCCUCCAUGAUAAGGCACUUCACUGCCAAGCAUGGAGCUGCUGUGAACCAGGGCAACACAAAUCAAGCGAGAGCUCGAUGAAGCUCUUGUCAAUAUGGUGGUGAAAGACUCGCAGCCUUUUUCCAUCGUGGAUGACUGUGGCUUCAAGGAGUUUGUGGCAUUGCUUGAUCCCACAUAUAGUCUUCCAUCCCGACGGGCUCUGAAGAACAUGGUGGUUCAGAGGUAUGAGGUGGAGAAAACCAAGGCCAAGGCUGUAAUUCAGAGGGUAGAGGCUGUGAGCCUGACUGCGGAUAUGUGGACCUCCAUUAAUAUGGACGCAUAUCUAGCAGUGACGUGCCAUUAUCUGGAUGAGUCUGUGAAGCUGGCCACAGUGCUUUUGGGAGUGUUGCCUUUCCCUGAAGCCCAUACAGCUGCCAACAUUACUGCUGCAACGAGGUCUCUCAUGGAAGAAUGGAGCAUUGAAGGCAAAGUAACAUCAAUUGUUACAGAUGCAGGAGCUAACAUGGUUGCCUCUGUCAGAAGCUUAAAUUUAAGACAUGCACUUUGCUUUGCUCAUUCGCUUAAUUUAGUGGUGAAGAAGUCUCUUGAUGCGACUCCUGGCCUAGAAGACCUUCGCACAAGGGCACGCAAAGUGGUCACACUUUUUAAAACCAGCACAACAGCAAGAGAAAAGCUAAAAGAAGUGCAGGAGCAGAUGAACCGUCCUGUAAUGAAGCUGAUUCAGGAGGUGGACACACACUGGAACAGCACCUUCCUAAUGCUGCAACGUCUUUUUAAAAAGAGACAGUCAGUGGGGGCAGCUCUUGCAACGCUGAAAACAGAUGUGAGACCUCUGUCCUCCGAGGACUAUGAGACAGCUUCUGCAUGCCUGCAAUUGCUGGGCCCCUUUUACCAGGCAACAGUAGAGCUGUCAGAGGAGAAGAGGGUCUCAGGGUCAAAGGUCAUCCCUAUGAUAAAGAUGUUGAUGCUGUACUUAUAUGACACAGUGGGAAACAUAAGCCAUGACACUGCAAAACAACUGGGACAGAACUUGGUGUCGGUGAUGCUCAACAAAUUUGACACAACAGAGAACCAAACUGCACUGAACCUGUCAACACUGCUGGACCCAAGAUUUAAAACCCUAGGCUUUUACAACCAAGUACAAGCACAAUCCUCAGUAAAACACCUGACUGCACAGUGUUCCCAGGUAAUACGAGACACCCCUACUGAAGAACAGCCUUCAACAUCAGAUCAACCAGCAAAUGUUGGAAAUCCACCAUCCACAGAUAUUAACCUUUGGGCACCUUUGGAUAGAGAUGCGUCUGAAGCCAGGAGGGCAAGGAAUGCCACAGCAGAUGCCACAGUAGAGGUGCAUUACUGCCACCUUCUGGAUUGGAGGGUGGAUAAGAGAGGUUAAGGGGUUUAAGUUACUAUAACCAUAAACU